AUGAACGCUGCAGCCAGCAGCUAUUCCAUGGCCUCCUUAUAUGUGGGCGAUCUGCACUCGGAUGUCACGGAAGCCAUGCUGUAUGAAAAGUUCAGCCCCGCGGGCCCUGUGCUGUUCAUCCACGUCUGCCGCGAUUUGUUUACCCACCGCUCCUUGGGUUAUGCUUACGUCAACUUCCAGAACUCAGCUGAUGCUGAGAGGGCCUUGGACACCAUGAACUUUGACCUGAUGAAAGGAAAGCCAAUCCGCAUCAUGUGGUCUCAGAGGGAUUCCUCUUUGAGAAAGUCUGGUGUGGGAAAUGUCUUCAUCAAGAACCUGGAUAAGUCUAUAGACAAUAAGGCGCUGUACGACACUUUCUCUGCCUUUGGGAACAUCCUGUCCUGUAAGGUGGUUUGUGAUGAGAACCGCUCUAAGGGCCAUGCCUUUGUUCACUUCGAUACCCAAGAGGCGGCGGACAAGGCCAUCGAGAUGCUGAACGGCAAGAUCUUCAAUGACAGCAAAGUGUUCGUGGGCAUAUUCAAGUCUCGCCAAGAACGGGAAGCUGAGCUUGGAGCCAAGGCCAAGGAAUUCACCAACGUUUACAUCAAAAACUUUGGAGAAGAGGUGGACGACAGGGCGCUGAAAGAGCUCUUCGGCCAGUUUGGUAAGACCCUAAGUGUCAAGGUGAUGAGAGACUCCAGUGGCAAGUCCAAAGGCUUUGGCUUUGUUAGUUACGAGAAACACAAGGAAGCCAGCAAGGCUGUGGAAGAAAUGAAUGGAAAAGAAAUAGGCGGGAAAGCCAUCUUCGUGGGCGGUGCACAGAAGAAAGUACAACGGCAGGCUGAACUAAAGCGGAAAUUUGAGCAGCGGAAGCGGGAGAGGAUUAGUCGGUGCCAGGGAAUGAAUCUCUACAUUAAGAACUUGGAUGACACCAUUGAUGAUGAGAAAUUGAGGAAAGAGUUUUCUCAGUUUGGAUCCAUCACCAGUGCGAAGGUGAUGCUAGAAAGAGGAAGAAGCAAAGGGUUUGGCUUUGUCUGUUUCUCCUCUCCUGAAGAGGCAACCAGAGCUGUCACCCAGAUGAACGGAUGCAUUGUGGGCUCCAAGCCACUGUAUGUUGCCCUGGCCCAGAGGAAGGAAGAGCGGAAGGCUCAUCUGAUUAGCCAGUUUCUGCAGAACGAGGCCGGAAGGAGAGCAUUCCCUGCCAACGCCAUCUUCUAUCCAUUCCAGACUGCAGCUGGUGGCUACUUUGAGCGAGCAUUUCCGCAGGCGCAGGGAAGACCUGCGUAUUACAUGCCUAACCAGUUAGCACAGAUGAAGCCUAAUCCAUGCUGGCAGCGAGGCGGAAGGCCUAGAGGCUUCCAAGGAAUGCCGAGGGCUCUGCGGCAGUCUGGGCCUCCUCCAGCUCUUCCACAUCUGACUCCAACUGGUAAUGCUCCGGCCUCUGGUGGCCUUCCUACCUACUCUCUGCUGGCUCAGAGAGUUGGGCCUGAGCGGUAUACGCUGGCUAGAGACUUAGGUGGGGCUGGUGUGGCCCAGCAAGGACUGACUGACAGCUGCCAGACUGGAGGCGUCCCUCCAGCUGCACCAAACCUUGCACCUCCUGCUACAGUUGCCGCCGCUGCUCCCAGGGCUGUGGCUCCACACGAGGAUGCCUCCACGGUCCACAGCCCUCACCCUGCCAUUCAGCCACUGCAGGCCCCCCAGCCUGCGGUCCAUGCCCAGGGUCAGGAGCCCCUGACUGCCUCCAUGCUGGCUGCAGUGACCCCCGAGGACCAGAAGCAGAUGCUGGGUGACCGUUUGUUCCCACUGAUCCAAACGAUGCAUUCAGACCUGGCUAAGAAAAUUACCGGGAUGCUGCUGGAACUCGACAACUCGGAGCUGCUGCGCAUGCUGGAGUCCCCCGAGUCCCUCCGUUCCAAGGUGGAUGAAGCUGUGGAGGUUCUGAAGGCUUAUCAUGCCGAGAAAGAAGCUGCCCAGAAGUUGGACACCGCUGCUGCUGCUGCUGCUACAAUGCAGCCACCCGUGGAAAGCUGGGGGCAGAAGAGGGGCCCUCUGUAUAGAAAGGCAUACCGAUACAACUUCUCCAGGCUUUAUAACACUACCUGUACGUAUGCUUUCAGGACUGACUAUUCGGCACUGGACAACCAACUGGUACAACCAGUUUCUCCAAUGAACAUGCUGCAAAAAUUUGAAAUGAAUUAUUCGUAUGCAGAUUUUAACAAAAGAUUGAUUAAUAAGACAUCAUACCGAGAUAAAGCCUGGUUUAGUGUAGAAAUAUGA